AUGAACAGAACGGAUUAUGAAAAGAAGGCGAUUGAACACCUAUCUGAAGGACCAUACUUACUCAUUAAUGAGAAGAAGAAAUCCGCCAAAUUCAACAAAAUGAAACGAAAUAUAAACAGACUCUUUCAAGAAAUGAAACCUAAAAUUGGAAAUUCUCUCUGGUUAACACUAAAACCAAAUUCUCACAUAUCUUCAAGAUUCUACGGUCAACCAAAGAUACAUAAACCUACAGUUCCAUUAAGACCAGAAAUAGAUUUCACCAACUCACCGACAUACAACCUUUCUAAAUACUUACUCUCGAUACUACAACCACCACAGAAGGAUACUCAAAAUAUUGUAAGAAAUUCAUAUGAUUUCAAAUCCCAAAUAGAACACCGAGAAAUUGAUAAAGAAGACAUUAUGGUAAGCUAUGAUAUUAACUCAUUAUAUACGAGCGUCCCUAGUCUUGAUAACAUUUCAGGUCUACUAGAAUCAGAUACAACACUAACACAAAGAUGUCCACUGGACGGACACCAGUGAAAUAAUAAUUAAGAGCUUGAAAUUCUGUCUAGAAAGUAAUUAUUUUACAUUUCAAUAUCACGGAGUUUAUAUAGACAGACAAAUGGUGUUUUGCUAUGGAUUCACUAGUC